AUGAAUAUCUGGGAAUCUAAUUCACUGGCUUUCUCGUGGGACUAUUUUGAUCCCAGUUAUGGGAGCUUUACGUUAAUGGGUGUUGCUGUGAAACAAGGUCAAAUUAGGGUUUCUAGGGUUUAUAAAGGGGGAAAUGAAGGGUGGUGGAAAAGUGUGCUUAUCACGUGCCCAGACUUAACAGAGAUAGAGAACUUGAAACACUUGAAGAUUCAUCUUAGUGAUAUAAAACUGGCCACCGACGAUUUUUCAGACACAUACAAAAUUGGAGUUACAGCAUACUGUAAUUUGUAUAGAGCAACUUUUGAUUUUGAAAAAACUUCUCCCAUAGAAGCGAUGAAUAAAGGUGAACCACUCAAGAGACACAACAUUGUACUUAUAAAACGCAUACUUCCUAGAGACGAUGAGCAAGGAGAAGGAGCAUUUUUCACAGAACUUGAAAUGCUUACUAGUGUUAAGCAUCAUAACAUAAUCACUCUACUUGGAUUUUGUGUUGAAGGUUCAGAGAUGAUCCUUGUCACUGAGAAUGUUUCUAAUAGAUACCUUGGUGAUCAUUUGGGAAACGUCAAUGACAUGCGUAUUUUGACGUGGGAAAAACGUUUGAAAAUUUGCAUUGAUGUUGCACACGCAUUGAACUACCUUCACUCAGAGAUGGAAGCCCAAAAGAUGGUAAUAAACCGUGAUGUAAAGAGUGACAACAUUGGUUUAGACGAGAAUUUGGGGGCAAAGAUUGUUGAGUUUGGACUUUCUGUAUUUUUGCCUCCAAAUGGCGAAGCUCUACAUCUCACAACCAUUGCUGGCACAAACUGCUACAUGGAUCCAGAAUAUGUGAAUAGUGGUACGUUAAAAAGAGAAUCCGAUGUUUAUAGUUUUGGAGUAGUUUUGUUUGAGAUUCUAUGUGGAAGGCAUGCCUAUGACCCGAUUUACGAUAAGGAGGGUGACAACGGGCUAGUAUUUGUGGCAAGACAAAGUUACAACACUGGAACACUAGAGAACAUAAUAGAUCAUAUAAUAAUGGAAGAAAUUGGUGAAAGCAAUUUUGUUCCUAACAAAGGACCCAACAAGGGUUCUCUGGAAAUAUAUAUUGAAAUAGCAAAUCGGUGUGUAGCAGCAACUCAAGACGAACGUCCAACUAUGAAAGUCGUCGUUAAGGAACUUGAGAAAGCAUUAUUUUUUCAAAUGAGCCAGGAGGAUCGAGUGCAAGGCCCAGAAACAGACCACGUAGUGAGUAAACUUGAGAAAACAAUGGAACUUCAGUUGAAUGAAGAGAACAAUCAUGAGGAGCAAACACAACAUCCAAAUAGGGCCCAAGAAAUUGCUAAACCUAAGAAAGCAUUGGAGCUUCAAUCAACGCAUGAAAUUCUAGUGGGGAAGAACUUGGAGCACUUGAAGAUUCCUCUCACUCAUAUUCAAUCAGCAACCCAUGAUUUCUCAAACGAAUACCGAAUUGCAAAUUUCCCAGAAGAGGGCUAUGCUUUCUACAGAGCAGAACUCGAGCAUUAUGAUAAAGAGAAUCCAUCAUCCAAGAGACACAACACUGUACUUAUCAAACGCUACCCCCCUUCUGGAAAUCAGUGGUUUGGAGAAAAAGAGUUUCUCACAGAAAUAGAAAUUCUUUCCGGUGGAGUUAAGCACCCCAACAUAGUCAAUUUGCUUGGAUUUUGUUUUGAAGAGUCUGAGAUGAUCCUUGUCAUUGACAAUUUUUCUAAUGGAUUUCUUGGUGAGUAUUUGGGAAACUUCAAAGACAAGCGUGUUUUGACUUGGGAGAAACGUUUGAAAAUUUGCAUUGAUGUUGCACACGCAUUGAAGUACAUUCACUAUGAGAUGGAAAACCGGAAGACGAUAAUAAACCGUGAUAUAUGCAGUUACAACAUUGGGUUGGAUGAGAAUUUGGAGGCAAAGAUUGUUAACUUUUGGUGGUCCGUAUUCUUGCCUCCAAAUCAAGAUGACGACAGUCUCUUUCUCGACUGGAUUGGCAAAUACUACUACAUAGAUCCAGAAUACAAGAAGACUGGUAAGUUGAAAAGAGAAUCAGAUGUUUAUGGUUUCGGAGUAGUCUUGUUUGAGAUUCUUUGUGGGAGAUUAGCCCAUGACCACCUUAAGGAGAGUGAGCUAGGGCUGGCCCAUGUAGCAAGACGAAGCUUCAACACAGGAUCACUAGAAGAGUUGAUAGAUCCUUUAAUAAAGGAAGAAAUUGGUGAAAACAAAUUUGUUCUAAAUAGAGGACCCAACAAGGAUUCUUUGCACACGUUUAUUACAAUUGCACACCAGUGUGUGGCGGAAACUCAAGACCAACGCCCAACAAUGAAAGUCGUAGUCAAGGAACUUGAGAAAGCAUUAUUCUUUCAGAACAACAACAAGGAUAACCCCAAAAUGUCACUUGAAGACAUAAAACGAGUGACACAAAACUUUCAUGAUGACAAUUUAAUCGGCGGGGGAGGAUUUGGUAAAGUCUACAAAGGAAACCUUCAAGAUGGAGAUGGAAUUAAAACCAUUGUUGCAAAGCGAUUGGAUACAAGGUUUGGUCAAGGAGAACAACAAUUCUUUAGUGAGCUCCAAAUUCUUUUGGAUUAUAAACAUGAGAAUGUCAUUGGUCUUCUAGGCUACUGUGAUGAAAUUGAUGAAAAAGUCCUUAUCUAUGAGUAUUUGUCCAGGGGAAGUCUUGAUAAGUAUUUGGAUGAUACUUCUCUUACAUGGGUGAAACGACUUAAUAUAUGCAUUGAUGUUGCAAGAGCGUUGGAUUUCCUACACGGAGGAGUAGGAAAACAAGCAAAGGUGAUACAUAGGGACAUCAAAACUGAAAACAUCCUGUUAAACAAUGAUUGGAAAGCAAAACUGGCUGAUUUUGGGCUUUCGCUAAUAUGUUCAAUAAAUCAGGAAACAGACUAUAUCAUCGAUCAUGCGUGUGGCACAAGAGGAUACGUGGAUCCACUUUAUAGACAAUCGGGAUUCCUAACCAUAGAAUCCGAUAUUUACUCGUUUGGUGUUGUUUUAUUUGAGAUUUUGUGCGGGAGAUCAACGUUUGCAAUCCACAAACAUAAGGGUCACUAUCUACCGUAUUUCAUAAAAAACAACUUUGAAGAAGGAAAGCAUGCUGAGGUGGUGUUCGAACAAAUCAGGGAACAAAUCGUGCCGCAAUCGUUGACUACAUUUCAAGAGAUUGCCUACCAAUGCCUACAUCUUGAAAGAGAAAAACGACCGACCACAAAAAAAGUUUUGGUAGAACUUGAGAAGGCAUUGGAAUUUCAAUUGAAUUCGGAGGUUUCCAUAAUUGAGACACAAGUAGUUGAGCUAUCCAGUGAAUUGAACGAUAUGAACAUGACUGGCAAAUCUGAAAAUUCUGAAAUACGUAACAAGGAAAAGAUGUUACUUGACCAAACCGAUGACUAAGCUGAAUCUGACUGUUGAAAGUAAAGACUCUCAGGAAGGCUGCUACACCUUAUCGGUUGAAUAUCUCAUCAACAAAUGCACGUAUAUGAAAAGGAGGCUUAGUUGCAGGUACUUUUGGUUGGUGUAUUAGGUGGGGUGGGUUGAAUAACAGAUUCGUGUUCAUACGGGUCUUGUUUCAUAUAGGUUUAAACAGGCAAGUUGGAUUGAGUUGCACUGUUUUU